ACAGCGCAAUCAACCCACCAACAGCCUGCAAUCGGCUCACCAGCCUGGAUCCGCAUCCCCGCCUCUGAUGUCCCGCGAGCCCAGAAGUUCUAUCAAGAGGUCUUUGGCUGGAAGUUUCACGAUCACUCGAAGGAAGGAUAUGCCGUUAACAAGCUUGCUGUUUUUACGAUUCCUGGUGCGCCGACUUUGAUGGGCGGAAUUGGCAAGUCUGAUGAUGCUGAAAGGAAGGAUGGAGGAAUGGUGCUUUAUAUGAAAGUUGAGAGUGUUGAGGAGACGUUGGACAAGGCUAAAAGCGCUGAUGGUGAGGUGGUUAAGGAGAAGUGGGUUGAGGGAGGCCAUACUGAGAUGGGGGAGUUUAGGGAUACGGAGGGGAACUUGGUGGGUGUGCUGAAGUGGUUG